AUGUGCUACGUAUUCUAUGGUUCAUGUGACAUAGCAGCCCCCGUGUGCACAAAAACAAACACAACUCCGACGGCAAGGCAAGGCAAGGCAAGGCAAGGCAAGGCAAGGCAAGGCAAGGCAAGGCAAGGCAAGGCAAGGCAAGGCAAGGCAAGGCAAGGCAAGGCAAGGCAAGGCAAGGCAAGGCAAGGCAAGGCAAGGCAAGGCAAGGCAAGGCAAGGCAAGGCAAGGCAAGGCAAGGCAAGGCAAGGCAAGGCAAGGCAAGGCAAGGCAAGGCAAGGCAAGGCAAGGCAAGGCAAGGCAAGGCAAGGCAAGGCAAGGCAAGGCAAGGCAAGGCAAGGCAAGGCAAGGCAAGGCAAGGCAAGGCAAGGCAAGGCAAGGCAAGGCAAGGCAAGGCAAGGCAAGGCAAGGCAAGGCAAGGCAAGGCAAGGCAAGGCAAGGCAAGGCAAGGCAAGGCAAGGCAAGGCAAGGCAAGGCAAGGCAAGGCAAGGCAAGGCAAGGCAAGGCAAGGCAAGGCAAGGCAAGGCAAGGCAAGGCAAGGCAAGGCAAGGCAAGGCAAGGCAAGGCAAGGCAAGGCAAGGCAAGGCAAGGCAAGGCAAGGCAAGGCAAGGCAAGGCAAGGCAAGGCAAGGCAAGGCAAGGCAAGGCAAGGCAAGGCAAGGCAAGGCAAGGCAAGGCAAGGCAAGGCAAGGCAAGGCAAGGCAAGGCAAGGCAAGGCAAGGCAAGGCAAGGCAAGGCAAGGCAAGGCAAGGCAAGGCAAGGCAAGGCAAGGCAAGGCAAGGCAAGGCAAGGCAAGCACGCACCUCGACCGCGAAUCCGGCGACAGUCGUAACGAGGAAUACGUUGAGGACCUGGAACGUGAAGUACCGAG